AUGCUUGAUACUCCAAACACCACGGUUAUCACCAACGGUCGCUUCUUCAAUAGCGGCGCAGCGCAAUCGGAAGCACGGUUCCACUCGACGUUGGUCACUCAGAAUGGCAAGAUCAGCUUUAUCGGCAGCUCGGACGACCCAAUUGUUCAAUCAUACCACGACGCUGGCGCGAAAGUGACCGAUCUUGGCGGGAAGCAUGUUCUUCCCGGGUUCAUCGAUGCACACAUGCACUUUUUGAUGCUGGGCCAGUCGCUGCAUAAAGUUGAUUUGGAUCACGCGAAGGAUUUGGAUGAAAUUCGAUCGCGCAUCUCAAGAUAUGCAAAGGCAAACCCAGAUAAACCUCGCAUACUGUGCAAAGGCUGGAUGCACUCAAUGACCAAUGGCGAGGCCAAGGCGAGUAUGCUGGACGAUCUGGACGAGAGACCCAUUUACAUAGACUCCAAGGACAUUCAUUCGUGCUGGUGUAACAGCGCAGCGUUAAGAGAGAUGGGUGUUCAGGACAUGGAGGCGCCAGCUGGUGGGACAAUCGAAAGGGAUGCGAAUGGCAAUGCAUCGGGUCUUUUGAGCGAAGCUUGUGUGCUUUUGAUCGUAUGGCCAUAUCUGGCAAAGGUCACACCGCUCGAUGAGAAAAUGGCGGCUUUGAGAACUGCAAUCAAAGCAUAUCAUGCAGUUGGCUGUACGGGAUGUAUUGACAUGGCAAUGGAUGAAAAUGCCUGGGAAGCUAUCCUUGCUCUACGAUCUGCCGAAGGGCUACCGCUACGAGUGGCUGCGCACUGGUGCAUUAUGCCAGGCAAUGGAAAGGAGCAUCGCUUGCGGCAAGUUGAGCGUGCUAUCAAGCUGAGCCAAGAGUUCAACAACGAGACCAGCCCAGAUUUGAGGAUUGUUGGUAUCAAGAUCAUCAGUGAUGGCGUUAUUGAUGCGUGUACUGCAGCGCUGGCAGAACCUUACACCUCCAACGGGCAUUUCGAGGGUCCUAUCUGGACACCUGAAAUGCUCGAUCCAGUCGUCAAAAAAGCAACUGAGGGUGGGUUGCAAUGCGCAUUGCACGCAAUUGGAGAUCAAGCCGUUCACAACGCUGUCAACGUCCUUGAGAAGUAUGGGAAACAAGGCCAAAGGCAUCGCAUUGAGCAUCUUGAACUCACCGCGCCGGAAGAUGCAAAGCGACUUGGUCAGCUCGGCAUUACAGCAAGCAUACAACCGGUUCACUCCGACCCAGCCAUCCUCCGUGCAUGGCCGAAGCUUCUUGGCCCCGAACGCGUGAAGCGAGCAUUCGCAUACUCUGACUUCGCAGACCACGGCGCACCGCUCGCUAUCGGUUCAGAUACACCUACAGCUCCAUACGCGCCUUUGCCAAAUCUAUACGUUGCAACCACCCGUAGAUCGGCGAGACAACCGCACGCCGGCGACGCGCCUGUCAAUGAGAACUUCAGGCUUGAGCUGACGCAAGCGGUAGCUGCUGUAACAGAGGGGGCAGCGUAUUCUUCCUUCGCCGAAGGUCGUGUAGGCAGUUUGGAGGUAGGAAAGAUGGCGGACUUUUGUGUGGUGGAAAUGGACUGGAAAGGGGAAGACUUACUCAAAGCCAAGGUGUUAGAAACGUGGUUCGAAGGGAAGCAGGUGUACAAUGCUUAG